UCUCAACUGACCGAUUCCCCCCUCAUACCAGCCUAACUAUAUAAUUCCAUCUAUCAACGUCACAGCCCCCGCCUGACAAGCUUUGCCCCUAAAGUGACCUCCAGUGCAUUCCUAUUACUUUGUUGUUGGGGCCGACGCAGCUUAUCCAAUAUGGCUCAAGACCCUCGCGUUUUGCUCCAAAAAGCCGACAAGGCGCUCCAGAGUGCAAGCGGUGGAUUCAACUUCUUCGGCGGACGGACAGAGAAAUAUGAAAAUGCAGCAGACCUCUACACCCAGGCCGGAAACGCGUACCGAGUGCAGAAGCAGAACAAGGAAGCUGGUCUAGCAUUCGAAAAGGCUGCCUCUAUUCAAACACAGAACCUGAACGAGCCCGAUGACGCUGCCAACUCGCUGCAAGAGGCGUUCAAAGUGUACCGCAAGUCGGACCCUGAAGAUGCCGCCCGUGUGCUUUCGAGUGCUAUCCAACACUACGUAUUAAAGGGAAACUUCCGCCGUGCUGCCACGCAACAGCAAUAUUUGGCUGAAGUAUUUGAGGUGGAACUGGGUGAUCAGAAGAAGGCUCUGGAAGCCUACGAGAAAGCUGCCGAGUGGUUCGACAGUGAUAAUGCCGAAGCACUUGCAAACAAGCACUACCUCAAAGCUGCUGAUUUGGCCGCUCUGGAAGGCGACUACUACAAAGCUAUCGAACACUACGAGAGAAUUGGCCGCUCAUCCAUCUCUAAUAACCUGAUGAAGUGGUCCGUCAAGGAUUACUUCCUCAAGGCCGGUAUCUGCCAUCUGGCUACUAAUGAUCUGGUUGCCACCAACCGCGCCCUCGAAAACUACCGUGAUAUUGACACCACGUUCGCUUCGACAAGAGAGCACCAGCUACUUAUUGACCUGGUUCAGACUAUUGAACAGGGUGACCAGGAGGCCUUUGCUGACAAGCUCUUCCAGUUCGACCAGCUGAGCAAGUUGGACAAGUGGAAGACGACUCUACUACUGCGGAUCAAGAACAACAUCGAGGAGCAGGCGGAGGAUUUCUCUUAGAUAGUCAUAUCCAAUUUUCCCAUUUCUAUUUAUCAUUCUUGCUCUUAUUACAUAAACAUCAGGAAGUAGCCCCGCUUGCAACUUGCUUGGAUGUUACAUGUUAUUAUUAUGGUCCUUAUUCAGAGUUAUUCGGUGCGUGACACGUCUUGAUCUUUGGGCUUGCUCAUAAUAUACAUAUUCAGCUGUUUCGGAAAGGGUGUUUAUAUGACUUAAUAAUUGAUUCAAUUACCCAUACCAAAAGACAGAAAAAGAAAGAU